UAUAAUAACAAUAGUCCCUCAUGAUUGGCGCUUCCCUCCGCCCCGGAAGUAGUCCAGGAACUCCUUCCGGGUCGGUUUGAAAAAGGCCUUGGCUGGGAGUAGAGAGCGUCGGGCGCCUGUGGUUUCUCUCCGGAGGGUCGAGUUUUCCCAGAAGCAAGAAGUCUCAGGACCUGUUGGGGGCUUCUAUUCCCUCAUCUGUUGUAGCUGAAGUUUUGAAAAACAACAUUGUUGUGAAGAAUGGCAGCUAAGGUGCAGGACCAGAGCCUGGACUCCACAUGCUCUGAUCCUGUAGAGGAAAGGGAUCCAAAUAGCAGCAUUGAGGCUGAGCAUCAGGACUUGGAUAGAGAUGAGCCAGAGGCAGCAGGUGAAAGUUCAGGAGCCAGAGGUGAACAUUCGGAGAUGCCAACCCAGCCUCAGGCUCAGUGUUCGGCCACAGGCCUGCAGGCUAAACAAGAAGAGGAAUCAAAGACUGAGGCCUCGUUGGUGCCACCUCCUGCAGAGGUAACUGCACCGGUUCCUGUCCCGUCCAUGGGAGAAGGGAAAGGAGCAAAGCGGAUGAUGGAGGAUGAUGGUGACCUCUUUAAGGAAAUGCCUGAUGUCUGCCAAGAGGCUAGAGAGUCAGGAAGGGGUAUGCUCUUGCCAGAUCUCUUUGGGGAAGCUCAUCAGGCUCACAGCAGCCUGAAUGCUGGCCAGGCUGGAGGCUGUGCAAAAGUGGAGCAAGCUAUCCCAUGUCUUUCCAACGUGGGUUCUGAAAAUCAGCGCAAACGCUUCCGAGGCUUUGCAUACAAAGAGACUGAAGGACCCCAAGUGGCGUAUGAGCGACUCCAGGAGCUCCUGUUCCAGUGGCUGAAACCAGAGGCCCGUAGCAAGGAAGAGAUUGUUGAACAGCUAGUCCUCGAGCAAUUCCUGAAUCUUCUCCCUGAAGAUGUCCAGCGCUGGGUUCGAGAACGUCAUCCUGAAAAUGGAGACGAGGCUGUGGCCUUAGCAGAAGACUACCAGUUUCUGCAUCCUGAGCCUGGAAGACGGCCCUACCCAGAGAGAACAAGGCAGCGGUCUUCAGCAAGGAGCUGGCUCCGCUGAAGUUCAUGGAGCAAGCAAGCAGGACUCAUUAUCAAUUUCAGAGAAUCAAACACCUAGUUAUCUUCCAAGCUAGAGAGGAACCAGAUGGACAUCAAGAAUCAGAAAUUACAACAAACUUCUGCUAAUCAUGAAGAGACUUUUACACCACCUUCCCCUGCAGGAAGCCCAUUACCUUAUCCAACAGGCAUGUGUGUGUGUCUAUCCAUGUGCACGUUCAUAUAUAUAUGUGGGUGAGUGAGUGAAGAAAGAUAAUAAAACUGUGUUUGGUCCAUACUGCAUCCUACAGAAUGCCCUAUGGACCAUCAAGACAAGAAUAGGUUGGAGCAAGAACAAAGUGUGUGUGUGUGAGAGAGAGAGAGAGAGAGAGAGAGAGAGAGAGGGUGGGGGGAGAGAGAGGGAGAGGAAGAAUGCUUGAGAUGUAUGUGUUUGUGUGCAAGAGCAGGGUUAUAUAUCCAUGAGCAAAUUGAUAGGAUACAGAAGAGGAAAGGAACAAAUAUGGUAUUUCAGUCUAGUUGAUCUGAGCAGAGCUUGGAAAUGUAGUUUUUUGGGAUUGCAUUAUCUCCUUCCAUAAUGCUUGGAGUUGUAUUCCAAAAAAAUUAACAUUUCUAAACUCUGUAUCUGAAGCAUUCUCGAUUUCAUUACUAUAGAUUAUAUUUUUCCUUUCUUCAUACCACCCAUCAGGGUGUGUGCGUGUGUGUGAUUGCCCAAAUAUUGUUGGUAACUGACUUCUCCCGUUCCUUUGUAUUGAGAGAGAUGACUCAAAGUUUGGAGAUAAUGGUUUGUCAUGUCUGCUUUUUCUGGGUGGAUCGUUGCUUGUUAGUAGGGAAAGUACUGGAAGAUCAUUUAGUUAUCAACCUAAGACACUUGGGUGAAGGGGUAACUCCUGUUGGUGAUCAUAGUUUUACAGGCCUCCCCUCUUUGCUACACCAUUAGUUCUUACCAAGUGAAACCAGUCAGUUCAUUGUAUUGCUGUAGCUGACAGCAAAGACAGCUGUUUUUGUAUUGUAUAAACCCUAUAUGAUUGUUUGUUUUCUGGCAGACCAUUGCCAGUGUGCUUCUGCUUCAACCUAUGGGGAAAGGUGCCCUGCCAUUGAUCCUCUCAUGUAACCACUGGUGAGGAGACUUUUCCAUGUAAACAGAAUCAUUCACUCGAGAAGCCAAAGUGGUGACGUUCUUAUGGUCUUUCACUACACAGAAGUAUUUUAAACUGCAACCUUUCCACAACCACAGUAUGCAAGGCCAGUCUAAAAAUGCUGUCAUCUUACUGGCCCCAAAUACAGCCUUAACUUGUCAGAAGGCCCACCAUCACAAUUAACCUACAAUUGACUACAGAAUAUCUUGCUACUUACCUUGUUAGCGCCCCUCCAAUGCCCUGGUUUAUAUUAGGUUGUCAUUCCUCUUGCUUGUAGAAACUAUGUUUUUGAAAGUCUUUGGUAUCCUACUGUGCUAUAGCUUACAUCCUUGUCUUGCGUCAGAUGGCUGGAUUUUGAGCCCUGCUUUUUUCUGUGUAAUAAUUUUGAUGUGUGUAAUUCUGUGGAUGAGCGCAUAGAAUAAAGGAUCUUUCUCCUA